AUGGCUCCAUCUACUACAGCCGACAGCGCCAACGGACCUCCAUCAACAGCCAAUAAUGGUUCACACAAGAAAUCCGACCGCGUUGGCGACUGGCAAGAGAACAAGCGCCGCAAGCUAGACGACAAUGGCGAGCCCUUCGCUUCCAAAAUGAGCAUUCCUUUCAGUGCCGACGAGAUUGCCGCCGAGGGGCGCCGACCGAAGCGCAAGGUCGCCGUCAUGGUUGGGUAUGCCGGCACUGGCUACAAGGGCAUGCAAAUCAAUCAUGAGGAGAAGACAAUCGAGGGCGACAUCUUCGCAGCAUUCGUAGCUGCCGGCGCAAUCUCCAAGGCCAAUGCCAACGACCCCAAGAAGUCGAGCCUGGUCCGUUGCGCACGAACUGACAAGGGCGUCCAUGCUGCCGGCAACGUCAUCUCUCUAAAGCUGAUCAUAGAAGAUCCCGAUCUUGUUCAGAAGAUCAACGACAAUCUGCCUGCUCAGAUCCGGGUAUGGGAUAUUCAAAGGACAAAUAACGCCUUCAGUUGCUAUCAGGCGUGUGAUUCGAGAUGGUACGAAUACCUACUGCCGAGCUACUCGCUUCUCCCUCCUCAUCCGGACAGCUAUCUCGGAAAGAACGUCAUCGCUGCCGCUAAAGAAACCGGGACCUACGAUGAAUGGUCGCAAAGGCUGGAAGAUGUACAGGGCUUUUGGGAGACCGUCGAGGAGAACGAAAUCAAACCGAUCCUCGAGAAGCUCGACUCAGAACUUAAGGAACAGGUCUUACGUCUCCUGCACGCUUCCGAGAACAAGCAGAUCGACGACGACGAAAAGCCGCAGUCAAAAUCCAAGGAAGAGGCUCUUGAUGCCAGUGCGAGGAAAGAGGAAGCUCCAAAAGAAGAAGGAACAACAGAAUUAGGAGCUGCAGAGGAGACUCCGAAGGAUGGAGACUCCUCCGUUGCUGAAUUGUCAAAGAUAAAAAAAGAGUUCACACCAGCCGAGCUUGUUGUUCGCGAGAUCAAAGCGGCAUAUGUCGCUGCAAAACGUCGUUACCGAGUUACACCUACACGUCUGCAGCAACUUCAGUCGGCGCUAGACCUCUAUGUCGGGACGCAUAACUUCCACAACUACACUGUUCAGAAGUCGCACAAAGAUCCCUCUGCGAAACGGCACAUCAAGUCAUUCGUUGUCAAUCCAACCCCUAUCCUCAUACGCGACACUGAAUGGCUGUCGCUGAAGGUCCAUGGCCAAAGCUUCAUGAUGCAUCAGAUUCGCAAGAUGGUUGCCAUGGCGGUCAUGUGUGUGCGCUACGGUGCGCCCAUUAGCAGGAUCACGGAUAGCUACGAGCCUCGGAAUAUCAGCAUCCCAAAAGCCCCAGGUCUCGGUCUUCUCCUAGAACGACCAGUAUUUGAAAACUACAACAAACGAGCCACCGAUGACCUAGGUAAAGCGACCAUCGAUUUCUCCAGGUAUGACAAGCAAAUCCAGGAAUUCAAAGACAAGGAGAUUUAUACCCGAAUGUGGGAUGUAGAGGAGAAAGAGAACUCUUUCCACAUAUUCUUCAACCAGUUGGACAACUUCUCCACUGCUUAUUUCCUCUGGGUCACUGCUCAUGGUUUCAAAAAUUCAUAUGAGCGAAAGGACAAGGAUGAAGUACCCCGCGAGUUGGCCGAAGAACUCGGUGAUGACGAUGGCGAUCCAAAUGAAGGCGAAGGAUGA